AUGGUUCAGCUUUCCAAAUUCCUUGCCGUCGCAGCUGCAUUCUUGGCAGCCCCUGCUAUCGCCCAUCCAGGCGAAAAGCAUGAUCCCCAUGUCCUGAAGCGCGAGAUCCAUACUCGUGAUGCCAUGGCUGCCCACGCAAAGCGCUCCCUUGGUGGUUGCGAAAGCACCAUUCACGCGCGUGAACUCCACAAGCGUAGUAUCGCCCGUCGUUCUCGUACUGUCCAAAAGCUCCGUCAGAAGCGCGGCAUCACUGCGACCCCUCAGAAAUGGCGUCGCAACCUAGCUGCUCUGGAGAAGUGGGAGGCCAUCGACCACAACCGUACUAGCCUCUUGGACUACAGCCCUGCUACCCCAGAGUCUGUCAUUUUUGCUGCUAAUACAAGCUGCAUUCUGUCCCCUACUAUCACCGAUGGCCCCUACUAUGUUUGGGGAGAGGUCGUGCGCCAGAAUGUGAAGGAAGAGCUAUACUCAGAAGGCGUCGAUGUUUUCCUUGAGGUGCAGUACAUCGACAUCAACACUUGCAAGCCUGUGCCUGGUGCACUGGUCGAUAUCUGGCAGGCCAAUGCCACCGGUGUGUAUAGUGGUAUCUCAGAGUCUGGCAAUUAUGCUGCCGAUGGCUGGGACUCUACCUACCUGCGCGGUAUUCAGCAAACCGACCGUGACGGUGUGGCUACCUUCGAAAGCAUCUUUCCCGGCCACUACGAAGGUCGUGCGACGCACACCCACCUUCUUACCCACCUGAACGCAACCCUUCUUCCCAACAAGACCCUCGAGGUUGGCACUGGCAGUGUCGCCCACAUCGGCCAGCUAUUCUGGAACGAGGUACUCCGCUCCGCCGUUGAGGAGACCUAUCCCUACAGUACGAACACCCAAAACGUGACUUCGAACGCCGAAGACAUGUGGAGCAUCGAACAGGCUGACAGUGCCUACGACCCCUUUCCGGAGUACAUUUACCUUGGAGAUAACCUCGACGAUGGUUUGUUCGCAUGGAUCCAAAUCGGAAUCAAUGCGACAGCCGAUUUCACCGACAACUCUUACUACAGUAUUGCGGCGUAUUAUGAUGCCGAUGGUGGCCACGAAAAUGAGGAUAGCUCGUUUGCCGGCGGCAGCGGUAGCGGCGGCGGUGGUGCCCCAAGUGGCUCUGCUCCCAGUGGUACCAUGUUUAGCUCUUCGCCUAGUGCUUCCGCGUGA